AUGCCGUCUGCACGCGACAAGUUGGCGGAGCUGAGGGCCCUCCGUGCUGCCGGCAAGAAGCGUCUCUCAACCUACGAAAUCGAGGACCAAGGCGAUAUCUACGACGAGGUCGACGACGACGGCUAUAAAAAAGUUAUUCGCAGCCGCCUCGACCAGGACGACUUUGUUGUUGACGAUAAUGGUGCUGGAUAUGCCGACGACGGUCGAGAAGUCUGGAACGAGCGCACCGUGGAUUAUGACAGUGACGAAAGCGACGAAUUGCCUGCCCGUGGUAAGGCUGCCAAGAGGAAGCGCGAGGAGGAGAAGCAGCGAAAAGACAAGAUCAACAAUGGUAUCUCCAAGUACUUCAACAGUGGCAAUGCUGCUGCGUCAGCACCCAAGCCCAAGCCCGUUGCUACUGCCGAGGAUGACGCUUUCAUGAAGGACCUCCUCGGUGAAGUUGACACCAAUGUCGUUUCCAAUCACAUCCCCACCAGAAACCUUGUCAAAUCAGAGGCACGUCGCAAAGUGCGCGUCCUUUCCCCACCUUUGUCCGAAAGACGACGCCGAGAACUGGUCGACAAGAAGAGCGAGAACGAUAUUCCCAGCUCGCCAGUCAAGGACCAACCGCCACUACACUCCGAUGAUUUUGAUGAUGGCUCAUUUUCUCAGGUGGAUGACGACGACGUCGAUAUGGGCGAUCCAAUGCCCUCGUCCCCCAUCAGCAAGGCGGUAGAACGUAAGACUACAGCGUUCCCCGUCAAGAAAGAAGAAUCCGACGAUGACGAUAUUGAUAUGAUGGAUGUUGCGGAGGCUACGGUAUCUUCGAACAUCAAGGCUGCUAGUGUGAACAUGACGGGCAGUCGCCCGCCGCCGAAGCUCAAGAAGGAGAUCCUCCCUACACCUGCUAGCUCUUCUCCCGCAAAAGUUGCACCGGAGGUCAUGGAUGCUUCUUGGAAUGAUAUCCAGAGCAAAUUGAAUGUCCUCAGCAGCCCAGCCCCCGAGAUGCGAUCCUUUGGCAAACUGCGCGCUCAAGACGUGGUUGAGGAAGAUGGCAGCUUACGCAUGUUUUGGCUGGAUUACACUGAGGUCAACGGUAGUCUCUGCCUGUUCGGAAAAGUCAAGAACAAGCAGAAUGGCUCCUAUGCUAGUGCCUUUGUCAAGGUCGACAACAUCCUACGCAAACUCUAUUUCCUCCCCCGCGAAUACCGACACAAGCAAGGAAGAGAGACCGAGGAGGAAGUCGACAUGGAGGACGUCUAUGGAGAAGUUGACGGGCUCAUGUCACGGAUGCGAGUUGGCAUGCACAAAAUCAAACCCUGCACUCGCAAGUACGCAUUCGAGCUGCCAGGUGUUCCUAAGGACGCCGAAUAUCUCAAGCUGCUUUACCCGUACGAUAAACCUGCCUUGCCCAUGGAAACCAAGGGUGAGACUUACUCGCAUGUCUUUGGUACAAACACCUCUCUAUUUGAGCAGUUUGUGCUGUGGAAGAACAUCAUGGGCCCUUGCUGGCUCAGGAUUGACGAGGCCGAUUUCUCUGCGGUCAACAAUGCAUCCUGGUGCAAGUUUGAAUGCCAGGCCUCUAAGCCAGCCAUGAUUACCCCAGUUCCGGAAACGGAGAAUCUGGAUACUCCGCCAUUGACGCUCAUGAGUUUGUCGUUCCGCCAUCAACUCAAUGUGAAGGACAACAAGCAAGAAAUCCUCAUGGCCAGUGCGAGAGUUUAUGAGAACAUCUCUCUUACAGACACCACUCAUCCAGAAAAGCUUCCUUGCAAGACAUUCACCGUCAUGCGCCCUGCUGGUCCGUCCUACCCUAUCCACUUCGAGGCCGAAACCAAAAAGCAGCGGGGCACCUUCAUGCUAGAGAAGAGUGAGCAGUUCUUGCUAAGCAAGUUCCUGGCUCUCUUUGAGAAGAUGGACCCUGAUGUUAUCAUGGGUCACCAGUUACAAGAUGUCGACCUUGGUAUUCUUCUGAACCGGAUGCGGGAGAAGAAAACCCCUGGUUGGCACCGUAUUGGUCGGCUUCGACGUGGCGAGUGGCCCAAGCUGAACAGGGGAGGCGGCGGCUUCUUUAUCGAGAGACAGCUUAUCGCCGGUCGACUACUCUGUGAUGUUGGCAAUGACAUGGGCAAGUCCCUCAUGAUGAAGUGUCAAUCGUGGAGUCUGUCUGAAAUGUGUCAACUCUAUCUCGGCGAGGGUAACAACCGUCAGGAUCUGGACGUCGAAGCAGCUCUAAAGACCUGGGCGUCAACCAAGGAGGGUCUUCUGAACCUUGUCAAUCACUGCGAUACUGACACAUAUUUCAUCGCUGCCCUGGUGUUACGUCUGCAAAUGCUCUCGCUUACCAAGGUGCUGACGAACAUUGCCGGUAACUCGUGGGCACGAACGCUCAGCGGUACUCGUGCCGAACGUAACGAGUACAUUCUGCUCCACGAGUUCCACCGGAACAAGUACAUCUGCCCGGACAAAUACUCCUCUCGCUUGCAAAAGGCCGAGGAGAAAAUGCUGGAUGGAGACGACGACGACGCGGCCGACAAGAAAAAGAAGGACAAGUACAAGGGUGGUCUCGUCUUCGAACCCGAAAAGGGUCUCUAUGAUAGAUUCAUCCUUGUCAUGGACUUCAACAGUCUGUAUCCUAGUAUCAUCCAGGAGUACAACAUCUGCUUCACGACUGUCGACCGGCAUGCGACUUCUGAAAACGAGAAUGAAGAGAAAGUUCCUGAGGUUCCGUCUUCCGAUCAGGAGCAGGGAAUUUUGCCUCGACUCAUCGCAACCUUGGUCGGUCGUCGACGUGAGGUGAAGAAGCUUAUGAAGGACAAGCGUGCUACACCCGAGCAACUUGCUCUGUGGGAUACCAAACAGCUUGCGUUCAAGCUCACAGCCAACUCCAUGUACGGGUGCUUGGGAUACACGCAAAGUCGUUUCUACGCCCGUCCACUUGCCAUGCUCACCACAUUCAAGGGACGUGAGAUUCUGCGGAGCACCAAGGAACUCGCUGAGAGCAAGCAACUGCGUGUCAUCUAUGGUGAUACUGAUUCCGUCAUGAUCAACACCAACAUGGACACCAUCAGCGAUGCCCUCAAGGUCGGCGAGGAUUUCAAGAGAUCUGUCAACGAGCGAUACCGCCUGCUUGAAAUUGAUAUCGAUAAUGUCUUCCGCCGACUUCUGUUGCAUGCCAAGAAGAAGUACGCUGCUGUCAACCUGACAGAGGUCGAUGGCAAGUACAUUGAGAAGUUAGAGGUCAAGGGUCUCGACAUGAAGCGACGUGAAUACUGUGCUCUUUCAAAGGAGGUAUCGCAAAGGCUUCUGAACGAGAUUCUCUCCGGUGAGGAUCAAGAAGUUGUUCUCAACAAGGUUCAUGACUAUUUGCGUGAGCUUGCGGAGAAGAUGAAGGAGUUUGCUGUUCCCGUUCAGAAAUACGUUAUCUAUACGAAGCUGUCGAAGAGCCCCGACCAAUAUCCCAACAAAGAGACCAUGCCUCCAGCACAGGUUGCCCUCCGCGAUAUUGCCCGCGGCAAGACUGUGCGACCGAACGACGUCAUUUCAUACAUCGUUACGAGCGGAGAUGCGGAAACAUCCUCCCUGCCACCAGCCAAGCGAUCGUACAGCCCACAAGACGUUCUCAAACCUAAUUCCGGACUCAAGCCCGAUGUCGAGUUCUACCUGCUCAAGCAGAUUUUCCCUCCCAUCGAACGUCUUUGUGCUCCCAUUCCCGGUACGGAUGCCGUCCGCUUGGCCGAAUGCCUUGGUCUGGAUGCUCGCAAGUAUCAGAUCAACACAUCCAGCUCGAGCAAACAGCAGGACACCGAAAUCUUCCCGCUGGAGUCGCAGAUUCCGGACUCUGUUCGCUUUGCCAACGCUGUGCGGUUAACUCUUAAAUGUCGAUCCUGCAAGGAGCAGUCGGUCUUCGAAGGUCUCGCCGACUCUCCUCAGAUGUGCUCCGCGAACGGCAUCAUUUGCUCUAAUGAGAGCUGUCAAAAGCCAUUCGCAGUUUUGACUAUCAUCGCACAGCUGGAGAAUCAGAUUCGUGAACAGACCGCUCGAUACUACGAGGGCUGGCUUGUAUGUGAUGAUUCGGCAUGCGGCAACCGUACACGCCAGAUCAGUGUAUAUGGCCACCGGUGCCUUGGUCCUCGUGGCCGCGCCGAGGGUUGUCUGGGUCGUAUGUCUUAUGAGUAUAGCGAACAGCAGAUGUACAACCAGCUUCUAUACUUUGCUGGUCUCUGGGAUGUGGACAAGGCCAAGGCUGCCGCUGCCAAGGAGAGUGGAGAGAAGAAGGAUAGCCUCGCGGCUCUUGCGGAGUUCAACCGCAUCCGCUUUGGCACGAUCAAGACCGUGGUAGAUGGCUACCUGAAGAAGUGUGGUCGCCAGUGGGUUGAGAUGGAUACGCUUUUCCGCUUCAUGAUACAACAAUAG